AUGUCCACCGAAAAGCGAGCCCCGACGGCAGACAUUGACAAAAUCGCAUACGAUGCCCCCCUGUCCUUUCCCGAACCAACGAAGGAAUGGAUCACGAAGCAUGGCGGCACAACAAAAGCUGAGAGGAAAGAUGUAAUUCCUGAUUCGCAAGUGCCAGGCUGUGAUCUCACAAACAAAUGGAUUAUCAUUUCGGGAAGCAACAAUGGCAUCGGCAGGGAAGCCGCUCUUUCCUUUGCCAAAUGGGGUGCCAACAUCAUCCUCGCCUGCAGAAAUCUUCCGCCAAAGAGUCAUGAGACCCGCCCGGAAGCUGUUGUCGAAGAGUGUCUCCAAAUCGCGACAUCCAACGGCCAUGUUUCCCAAGUAGAGUGGUGGGAAAUCGAUAUGGCCAGCAUUGCCAGCAUCGAAUCUUUCGCACAGCGCUGGUUGGACACUGGCCGCCCGCUGGACAUCCUAUGCAAUAAUGCAGGCAUGGGCGGUAGCCCAGGUGGAACCACUCCUUUGAUGACCAAGGAUGGCUUCGAGAUCAUUCACCAGGUCAACUUCCUCAGUCACGUCUUGCUAACCAUGAGACUGCUACCCUCAAUCGCAAAAGCACCCGAGCCUCGUAUCGUAUGCACAACAUCCUGCUUUCACUACCUCGGAAGAUUCAACGUUGCGAAAAUGAACGGCGGACUGCACCCGGGUGGGGAUGGUGUAAAGUACUACCAGGACAACAAGCUUUACUUCCAAACCUGGCUUACGGAGCUGCAAUUCCGUCUUCUCCAGCAUGAGGAGUACAAGCACAUCACCAUCAAUGGCUGCCAUCCCGGAUUCGUCAACAGCGGUAUUUGGAACCUGGUCGGUUCGGGAAUCUGGAAGAACAUCAAGGAGUACCUCAUUCAGACGUUGGCGAAGUACAUGGCCAUUACCUCGCAGCAGGGUAGCUUGGCUAUCACAUACACUGCUACUGCGCCAGAGGCUGGAGCAGAUCCGGCAACGCAGGGUGUGGGUGCUGGUAAAGGCGGUGGAAGAUACUUCAACCGAAUUUGGGAGCAGGACUCAAUGCCCCACUGUCGCGAUCGCGAUGCGAGAUUGAGGGUGUGGAGAAAGGUCAACGAGGAGCUGGGCCUCCAGGACAAGGGCUUGUUGAACGUUGUUGGACUUUACAGCACAGACUGA